AUGACGUUAGGACUAAUCGAUCAUAUUAUUUUUCACGGCUCGAUCGCCGUUAGUUUGUGCAUCGGGGUGUAUUUCGGCUUUUGGAAUAAAUCGCAAACUGCCGAUGAGUACCUCUUGGGGAAUCGAGAGAUGAAGAUACUUCCGGUAGCGCUCUCGUUGGUGGCCAGUCUCUGUAGCGGAGUAACGCUGCUAGGACACAGUGCGGAUGUUUACCUGUACGCUACUGGCAUUAAUCCACAAGCCAUAUCCUCAAUCCUGUGCACAGUCUGCGUGCUCUACUCCACCAUUGGAGGAUUUAAAGGAGUAGUAUGGACGGACGUAUUUCAGUUUUUUGGAAUAAUUGCGAGUGUUACUCUUGUAGUCGUGUUGGGAAUAAUUUCAGAGGAUGGUACUAAAACAAUCAUGGAAAGAGCCAUACGUGGCCACCGCUUGGAUUUUAAGUAUGAUCUCAACAAGCUGCAGCUUUCUCAUUUCCACAGUUUCAGCAUUGAUCCCUCGAUACGUGACGGAUUUUGGCAAAUGAUAAUUGGCAGCACGACCACUCUUAUUUACAUGGUAAAUAUUCAACCGGGAAUUGUGCAAAGAUAUUUAUCAGUCGCUACGCUUACGAAUGUUAAAAAAGUAAUGGCUUUCCAAUUUUGCGGAGUAUCAACCAUAGCAAUAUUGUGCUCUUUCAUUGGGAUUAUCAUGUAUGCAAGGUAUAGUUCCUGCGAUCCAAUCACGACCGGUGAUGUGAGGCGAUCUGACCAACUCCUACCCCACUUCGUAAUGGAAAUUGGUCACAAUAUUCCAGGAUUGCAAGGCAUUUUUAUUUCCGGAAUAUUCAGUGCGGCUCUAAGCACACUCUCAUCGACUUUCAACACAUUAGCCGCGACCGUAUAUGGAGACCUUAUUUCAUCGUUGUUCUCCAAAGAGACCUUGCGAGACAAGGAGGGUUGGAUUUUGAAACUAAUAGUUGUGAUAUCGGGCAGUGUUUGUACAGCGCUGACUUUCUUCGUUGAACACAUGGGGGGUGUGUUGCCCUUUGUAAAUGCAAUCUUAGGUUCAGUAAAUGGAAUACUCGUCGGCGUAUUCUCCCUUGGAAUUCUUUUUCCAUCGGCUAAUUCAACGGGCGCAAUGUUUGGCGCUGUUUCCAGUUUCUUCGCAAUUGGAAUAGUUGCAGUAAUAAACCAUUGGUAUGUGUUGCAAGGGGCGAACGAGAUCUUCGCCAAACCCAUCUCCGUGGAAGGUCGCAGUUUGGGCACGAACCACCUGUAA